AUGAGCAAAUCUGUUCUCUGUACUUCUGCGUCGAUUUUUGUAAGGGUUAUUGAUAUCUCCGUUCAUAUAAAUAAAAAUAUUCCGAAACCCCAUGUAACGCGGCUCUACGGCGGUUUCCCCGAUACUUGCUGCGAGUGCAUCAACUUCACGGUGGGGUUGGUGAUCUCAUGGUACUCGUCCAACUUAGGCGUGCUUCUUCUGAACAAGUAUUUGUUGAGCAAUUACGGCUUCAAGGUUCCUAUCUUCCUGACUAUGUGCCACAUGAUGGUAUGUUCGCUGCUCAGCUACGUCGCCAUCGCCUGGUUAAAGCUCGUUCCGAUGCAGGCCAUGAGAUCUCGUCUCCAGUUCAUCAAAAUCGCAGCACUCAGCUUUGUAUUCUGCGGAUCUGUCAUCAGCAGAAACAUUUCACUGUGUUUUCUCCCUGUAUCCUUCAACCAAGCCGUCGGCGCCACUACUCCCUUCUUUACAGCGGUGUUCGUCUAUACCAUGACGUUGCGGCUGGAGGCGUGGAUUACCUACGUCACGUUGGUCCCCGUCGUCACCGACAUUAUUAUAGCCAGCGAGGGAGAGCCAAGUUUUCACUUAUUUGGAUUCAUCAUGUGUAUUGGUGCUACUGCUGCAAGGGCACUGAAAUCAGUGUUUCAAGAGAUUUUAUUAUCUUCUGAAGGGGAGAAACUGAACUCAAUGAAUCUUCUGCUAUUUAUGGCUUCAAUAGCCGUUGUGAUUUCAAUUCUCAUUUUUCGGAAUUCGGUCUCCAUCAUCAGCGUCUUCUCCUUCUGA